AUGUCUACAUUUAAACGAUUAUUCCCUGCUCCACCACCAACUACGAAUGCUUGGAGUAUAAAUCAAUUAAUUAAUAUCACCAAUAAUGAUCAUCACAAUAAAUCCCCUCAUGAGAAAGCCCAUUCAUCUGAUUCAGAUGAUUCAUUUUCAAGUGAUGAUGAUAUAGAAAUAAUUUCUGGUCAACUCAAGAGCAUUUCCACUCCUCAUUCACCAAUAUCACCAUCAAUCAAAGACUGUACAACAGCCGCAACAACAGCCUUAUUUCUGGCUCCAUUCUCAGAAAAAUCAAAUCCCAAUAGUUACACCAAAGCUCAAGAAUCAGGAUAUUGUAAUGGGGAUGACGAAGAAGUAUUGGUAAGUGUUGGUAAAUAUACUAAAAUUAAGAAACCAAAAUUCCCAAAGUCAAAUAAAAUUAAAGGGGGAUCUGGUCACUACAAAUACAAAAUAACAGACAACACUAAAGAUUUACCUCCUUUUAUUAUUAAUACAAAUAGUCCAUGUUAUUCUGAACAUUCACCAAUAUCUCCAGAGUAUCAAUUCACGGCAACAUCAUCUCCAUUUAUCGAUUCGACUGCAAGUUCACCUCUUGUUCAUACUCCAUUGCGUCCUCAAACACCUCAAACAGUAUCUGCCCCUCACCUGUUACCACUACCAAUAGCUCCAGCACCGCCACCUCCAUCACCAUCAGUAGUAGUAUAUCCUCAAUUUGGUAUACCAGUAUAUCAUAUUUCAAUGAUAAGCAAACCCCCGGUAUCACCACAUCCAGUGCCAUCAUCUCCUGUUAUUCAACAGCCAAUUUCUCCCAAAGGAAAUGUCAGUGUUAAGAAGGAAAAUAUUAAACGUCAAAUAGAAUAUUACUUUUCCACAGAAAAUCUUUGCAAGGAUACAUAUCUCAGAUCAUUAUUCAACAAAAACGAUGGUUCCGUCAAGUUAGAUCAGUUAUUGGAGUUUAAUAGAAUGAAAAUAUUGACAAAAAAUGGCAAAUAUACUAAUCUUCUUUUGGAGUCCAUCGAGGAAAUUCCUGUUUUGGAAUUGGUUGAUAAUGAAUGUACCAGUUUUAGACUCAAAAAUUGGCAAGCUUGGGUUAUCUAA